AUACUCCCCUUUUAUUAAUUGCACUGUUACUUGUUCCUCAGUGCAGCAAACCUAUUAACUUAGAGUGUGUACCCUAGCUAACUAUCUCUGUGGACAUCAUUUUUGGGGAGUCAAUAUUCACUCAUAUAGUAAAUAAAACUCCCUGCCUUUUAUGGAAUCCAAAGGUUUAUUAAUGUUCAGAGUGUGAUUGUAUUUAUAUAUUUUCAUUAAGAGCCUUCUGUUUUGUAAUUGUUUUAUCAAUGGCUCCUUGUAGUGUACAUGUUUGAUAUUUGUGUUAAGAAAUGGGUUUAUUGUUAAUUGUAUCUUAUUGUGUUUGAGGUGCAUGGGCCAAGCGAACCUACGACAUAUAGAACUGACACCUCCUUCCCAUUUCGACUGCGGUUGAGGUUGGGGAGAGCGGAUCAAAUGGUAGCAGAGUGUGGUUCCGUAUUUUCCAUCUUGGGACGAUCCCAGUUCUGAGCGUGGGUUCGCUUGACGACCGCUUUUGAUUAUGGUGUACUUUAGACGCUGUUGUUUGUUGCAUGUACGCCACUGCCUCGGAGAUCUACCACUGGCCGCGACAGGUUUUGGUGCAGCAGUGUAAUGAAUGGGGUAUUGAAGCGAGCGGCUCUGUUGCUGUACUGAAACACCAUCUUCUGAUCCUCAGGCAUCUAAAGCCAUCAGUAUGGAGUAACAGGCUGCAGAUGUUGGAGGACCAUACUCGGCUUCAGUAUAAUUGUGCCAUAUAUAACAGGUCCGUGUGGAGGACCCAGCUACAUGGCCAUGUGAGUGGAGUGAAACAAGUGGAUGGAAAGGUGCACAUGGCUGGUCUCUGUGAUGAAUGGACAUCUGCAGAG